UUGAAGCCGCGGCCGUGGCUGUGUGUGUGUGGGGGGAAGGGUGCGCGCAGAAAAGACGGGAUUUCCUUGCUGCCUGCCUGCCUCAGCCCCCUUCGCAUUCCGUGGGAUUGGCAGCGCUUUCUCCAACGACACAGCUGUCUCGGUACCCGAUUUACCCACAUCCGAUAUUGAGAACAAAGUUUGGUUUGAAUGCCCAGAAUAAAACUUGCCAGGAUACAACUAUGAAUAAAAACAAGCGCGAGAAAGAGUUCUACAGUGUAGAUGUAGGGGAUUCCACGUUCACAGUUUUGAAGCGCUAUCAGAACUUACGACCUAUUGGCUCGGGAGCACAGGGAAUUGUCUGCUCGGCGUACGACCACGUCCUUGAACGAAAUGUUGCUAUUAAGAAGCUCAGUCGGCCUUUCCAGAACCAGACCCAUGCCAAGCGAGCCUACCGGGAGCUGGUGCUCAUGAAAUGUGUCAACCACAAAAACAUUAUUGGCCUCUUAAAUGUAUUCACUCCACAAAAAACACUUGAAGAAUUUCAGGAUGUGUACCUAGUUAUGGAACUGAUGGACGCUAACCUCUGCCAGGUGAUCCAGAUGGAGUUGGACCAUGAGCGGCUCUCCUACCUGCUCUACCAAAUGCUGUGUGGAAUCAAACACCUUCACUCGGCUGGUAUCAUCCACAGGGACUUGAAGCCCAGUAACAUUGUGGUGAAGUCUGACUGUACCCUUAAAAUCUUGGACUUUGGACUGGCUCGAACGGCUGCCACAGGCUUGCUAAUGACCCCAUAUGUGGUGACACGCUACUACCGGGCUCCCGAGGUCAUCCUGGGGAUGGGAUACCAGGCCAAUGUUGAUGUCUGGUCUAUUGGCUGCAUCAUGGCAGAAAUGGUCAGAGGUAGUGUGUUGUUUCCUGGCACUGAUCAUAUCGACCAGUGGAACAAGGUGAUUGAGCAGCUAGGUACCCCGUCGCAAGACUUCCUGAUGAAGCUCAACCAGUCUGUGCGCACCUAUGUGGAGAACAGGCCACGCUAUGCAGGUUACAGUUUCGAAAAGCUUUUCCCUGAUGUGCUUUUCCCUGCUGACUCAGAUCACAGCAAGCUAAAGGCGAGUCAAGCCAGAGAUCUACUGUCCAAGAUGUUGGUAAUAGAUGCAUCCAAGCGCAUCUCUGUGGAUGAGGCCCUCCAACAUCCCUACAUCAAUGUGUGGUAUGACCCCACCGAAGUGGAAGCGCCCCCACCGCUGAUCACGGACAAGCAACUGGAUGAGCGAGAGCAUGCCGUCGAGGAAUGGAAAGAGUUAAUUUACAAGGAGGUCCUGGAAUGGGAAGAGAGAACAAAAAACGGCGUGAUCCGCGGGCAGCCGGCUUCUUUAGGUGCAGCCAUGAUGGGCUCCCAGGACCCGUCCUCAUCAUCAUCUGUUAAUGACAUGUCCUCCAUGUCCACUGACCCAACCAUGGCCUCGGACACAGACAGCAGCCUGGAGACCUCAGCUGGGACGCUGGGCUGCUGCAGAUGACCCUGAACCUCCGAGCUUCAUAAUCCUCUCCCUGCUCCCACAGUGAUGUGGUAUAGAACCUUGGCCAGUUUGUAGGGCGUGCAACAGCUUCUUUUCAAUUUUUUAUUUUUUUUUUCUCUUUCUUAAUGUUUUUUAAGCUGUAUAUUGUGGCAUAUAUUUUCUGAAGAAAGUCUGACAUGUGGG